AUUCCUGGCGAUUUGGUGGCCGCUGAAGUGUCAGAUAACAAAGAGAAGGGCCCGGAUCAUGAUCGUGUUCAUCUGGUUCAUAGCCCUCACCACAACUCUACCCUGGGCCAUAUUCUUCGACCUGGUGGUUAUCUUCAGCGACGCCCCGCACGUGCAGCUCUGCAUCGAAGUAUGGCCUGAUUCGUUGAACGGCGCUCUGUACUUCCUCAUCGCCAACAUGGUCUUCUGCUACAUCCUCCCGAUGAUCCUGAUCACCCUCUGCUACGUGCUCAUCUACAUCAAGGUCUGGAAACGAAACAUUCCCACCGACACCAAGGACGCGCAGAUGGAGCGGAUGCAGCAGAAGUCGAAGGUGAAGGUCGUCAAGAUGCUCGUCGCCGUUGUCAUACUCUUCGUCGUCUCCUGGUUACCGCUGUACGUGAUCUUCGCGCGCAUCAAGCUCGGCGGAGACAUCGAACCGUGGGAGGAAGAAAUCCUGCAGAUCGCAACACCGAUCGCCCAAUGGUUGGGCGCCUCCAACUCCUGCAUAAAUCCCAUCCUCUACGCCUUCUUCAACAAGAAGUACCGCAGAGGAUUCAUGGCUAUAAUGAAGAGCCGUCGCUGCUGCGGCCGCCUCCGCUACUACGAAACCGUAGCGAUGAUGUCCUCUUCGACGAGCAUGAGGAAAUCCUCUCACUUCUACAACAACAACUCUUCGACGAGGAAGAUACCGCCGGUCCAGGACAACGCAGUCUCCUACAUCUACAACAACACAGGCGUCUAAACAAACAAAAGCUCUACCGUCAUCAGACGGAACGGCAAUUAUUGUUGAGUGUUUCGCCCCAAAAAAAAAAACCUGAAAUCGGUUCCAAGCGCGAAACGCAACCCUUUUAUUUUCGUUCCGUAAUUCAGAUCCGUGAAAGGAUCACAAAAAAAAAGUAUAUGUAAAAAAAAAUUGUAUUCCAGGAUCCGGAAAGAUUUGUAAUAAGUAAUAAGCAACACUUAGGUAGGGUAAGGAAACGGUGAGGAUUUGCAACGAAUUUUCAAUGGAUCAGGUCUAAAGUUUGAAGAACGGAUCAUUUAUUAUAAAGGAAGAAACCAAAAAAGUACCACAUCUUUUGUAAUAAUAAUAAAUAAACAAAGAAGUAAAUAAACUCACUUGGCAGAAAGAUAAAACAGAGAUACAAAAACCAAACGAUAGGCUUAGGUAUUUUUUAAUAAUAUUAUUAUUAUAGUCUAUAUAACAAACUAAUUAUCGUUACGUAAUAAUACAUUUUAGCGAAAUGAGGAUUAGUUCGAUUCGAUGGUAAUGUUGAGCUUUAAUAAUUAAUUGACUAGUCUAUCACGAGAACCAAAAAAAAUAAAAGAAAUGUUGCAAACGAGAAUAGAAAACAAGACGAGAUGAGAAGAAAAAAAAAUUGUGAACGAAGAAUAUUCGAAGUUGUAAACGUUUAUUUAUUUGUUUUUGUUCGAUGUUUGGAUAUUAUAUAUAAAUAAAUAUUUCCUCCUCGUCCUCAUCGAGGAUCUUAAAUGCAUCACCUGCAGCGUGUCUUACCAAUAUCAUAUUUUUAAUUAAUUACUUUUUACUAGGAUUAUAUGAAGAACAAAAAAAAGA